ACGAUAGCAAUAAGGUGUUCGCAGACUUCCUUUAAAGUGGGUGUGGUAUUAAUUUUGUGUUUUUUCAAAGACAUAUGUUUGAAGAACUCCAGCCAGAUCGCGGUACCGACUUCAUUAGUUCACACAUUAGCAUGAGUUAGUUGAAUUAUUUAAUUAUGAUAAUUCAAUAAGUUCGUGGAUUAACAAGUAGAUAUAUCGAAAUUGAAGUGGACAUCUAGAUUUAUUUAAAACGCGUGUGACAUUGAUUGGGAAAAUGAAAAGACUUUUCAUUUAAUUUAUUGAAUUGGAAACGACUCGUUCACUGUGAUAACUUGGAAAAUCACCAGACCAUGGAAGAAAAUAAAGAGCCCGUACGCCACAGUAAAACCUAUGAUAAAGGCGCUGCAAACUCAACAGAUAACAAUAAUUUAUACCAUAUGAUAAAAUGCCACGAAGACAGCCUUUUACGGCUUCACCACUUUGCAGGAAGAAACAACUUCGAUCCAACAUACCAGAACAGUUGGUACCAGAAAGACAUGCAAUACAUAAAGCCUGUAGAUUAUCUUGCUUAUGAGGAAAUGAGACGCAAGUAUGAUGAAACUAAAAGUGUAAAAGAGACGGAGAAGUCUGAAGAAAAGAGCGAUGAGAGGAAGAAGCCGAGACGAAACAGAACAACGUUCACGAGCCAACAGUUGGCUGCCCUUGAGAAGAUCUUUGAGAAGACCCAUUAUCCUGAUGCUUUCGUUCGAGAAGAUCUGGCUUCCAGGGUUAAUUUGACUGAGGCCAGAGUACAGGUGUGGUUUCAAAAUCGACGCGCGAAAUUUCGACGAAACGAAAGAUCUGCCCUCUCCAGCCAUCGGAGUACCAGCCACAAUUCUCCAGAACCCUUACCAGUCCCCAUCGGCAUUCCCCAAGCAGACAGACAGGAGGCUCGCAAGGAACCCUGGCUCCAUCAUUUUCAAACGAACAACCUUAAUUUUAACCUGGGUCUUCCUAUUACAAACUAUCAAAGCGACUAUUCCCUGAUGAUGCAAGGGAAUCGUCAGUACGUCCCUAAUAAUACUUUAAUGGGUCAAAGUAUGAAUAAUUACGGCGGUGCAGAAAAUUAUCCCUCGUGUGGUAUCAUCGGUGGCUACGGCGGGCCUUUGCAACCGCAUCACAAUUAUAAUUUAAAUUUACGUCUCCGUCCACACGAUUUUAGCAUUAAUAAUAUUACGUUAUGAUUAACUUUGUAUUUAAGAAUAAAU